AUGCCGUCGCUGUUGGGCUUAGAUUGGAUCGCCCAACACGAGCCACUCUUUCGUCACAUGACAAAAGGCUCCAUCUGCAACAUUUCUUCAAGUACGCUCAGCACCUUGAAUUCUUCUCUCGCAACGCACCUGAGGAAGAAGAUUCAAGCAGUUUUCGCUCCUGGACUGGAAUGUUGUACCAAGUCAAAGGCUAAAGUUGCUCUGAAGCCCGACUCCAAGCCUGUUUUUCUCAUGGUUCGCUCGGUGCCCUAUGUUGCUAUGCCGAAGAUUUCAACCGAAAUCGGUCGACUUGUGUCUAUACACAUGCUGGAGCCCAUUGAUCACUCAGAAUGA